AUGGCUAUGAAACAUAUUGUCAAUGAUUAUGGCACUAAACAAUAUCGUCUUUUACAUUCGAUUGAAGUUUUUCUUUUUAUUUAUUUUUUCAUACGAUUAUGUUUAUUAUAUUUAAUGUUUUCGGAUCCAGAACAAUAUCCAUUCUAUCAAUAUGAUUAUGGAUCGGCAUUUUUUUGGCAAUAUAGACAAAUUUUAAAUAGAUUUUUCGUUAUAAUUUUAGCAUUAUUUGCAUUUAUCGGUUUGUUAGGUAUUCGUACAUUUUUCUUUCUUCCACCUGAAAAGCUUAGUUUUCAAGUUCUGUAUGAUUUAGCAACAUUAAUACAAUGUGCAAUAUUAUUAUCAUGUUCAAUAAUAUCAUCAUAUCUAAUAUUUAAUGGUAAUCUUAAUUAUAUGAAUCAUAAAUUGAUAAAAUUAUUAGAAAAUAUUGAAUAUAAUAAUCAUCAAAUCAAUGUUAAGGAUACAAAACAAUUAAAAUUUUAUUUGAAUGAACAUACUAAAUUAUCAUAUUUUGUUAUUUAUACGGAUAAAACAACAUGGAGUCAGGCAUUAUAUUAUUAUGCAUUAAUCAGCAUACCAAUCAAUAUUACAUUAAUGUGUGAAUUGAUUGUUGAAGAUCUAAUACCAGAAACAAAAUUAUUAUUCAUAGCAAUAACAGUAAUGCAUGCUGUAACUGGUUCAUUUCCAUUUAUAAAGAACUCUUGUUUGGAUUUCAUAUUCAUUAUAAAAAUAUUCUUUCANUUUUUAUUAGCAGCAAAUAUGUCAAGUGAUUUUCAUUCAAUCAAAGAUUAUUUACCUGCAAUGCAAUUACAGCUAAAACGUUCAACACAUUUACGUUUAAAACUAAAAUAUGAUGAUCUUUAUGAACGAUUAAUAACUGGACGAAAAAUUUCCUAUACAUUUGGUACCCUUGGUAAUCUUACAUUUCGUGAACCAUUUAAACCAAAGAAACAAUGUUGUUCACAAUAA